AUGAAAUACGUUAUAGAACAUAUGGAAGCUGGAUUCACGGAAUGGGUGAUCUUAGAAUAUUCAACCAUCAUAAAAGAGCUUGGUAAAGAAAACUUGAUUUUGACAUCAUUACCAGCAGGUACAACUGAGAAAGAUAUUCCACAACAAUUAAUAGAUUUGGGAUUACAAUGGACCACCAAGGAAGUUACAGAGAUAGGAACAGAAUCUUUGCCAAUAGUGAAGGAAAGAGUUUGCUUAUUAGAUCCUUCAGCUGAAACUGAUUUAGUUGUUGAAGAUUCUGAUAAGUUUGACUAUUUCGUAUUUGGAGGUAUUUUGGGAGAUCAUCCACCAAGAGAUAGAACUGGUGAAUUACGUAAAAAGUAUGGAUUUGUUGGUAAGAGAUUAGGGAAUAAACAAAUGACUACAGAUACUGCCAUUAGAACUACUCAAUUAAUCAUACAGAGUAAAACACCAUUUGAAGAGAUUAAAUUUAUUGAUUAUCCAGAGUUUAGAUUCAAUAAAAAUGAAGCUACUGAAAUGCCAUUCCGUUAUGUUUUGAAUAAAGAAGGGAGACCAAUCUUACCAGAUGGUAUGUUGGAUUUGAUUAAAAGAGAUUCUGAACAAUCCUUAGAUGAUUUACUAUAA